AUACGUGUGUGGUUGUGUUAUGCUACUUACGCCUUUUGGAGUAGCCCGAUGCAUUACAAUUGAUCACUAUCAGUUUAUUAUCGGGCGCAUCUCAAAAUAAUUCCAUGAGUUGUGAAUAUUAAUAUCGGUAGAGCCUGUGUUUACAUAAUAUUUCGUGUGUGCGCGACGUUUUGCUGGCGAUUCAAUUUCAGGUCGAGGGAAGGAGGUAAAUAGGAAAACACAUACCCCACAUCUUCAUCUAAAAAUAUAAAAAACAUAACCUAUGUUGAAGAUUUUCAAAUUUCCCCAGUCAACAUGAUAAUUAUUGAAGGCACCGUAAUGUGGGUUGGGUAGAUGUGCAAUUGGCGAAAGUACAGCUUGGGAAAAGUUGAAUCUAGAAUGUCAUAAUAUAUUUAUAGACAGGCACAUUCUCAGUGAGAAACAUGCUUCGAAAAGAUUAACUGGAAAAUGAAAAAUGAUAGUAUAAAAUUCCCACCCUCAAAGUAAGGUACUUCGCUAACCUAACGAGGUCAAUCAACCGAUGGAUUCCCAGGUAAACGAGAGAUUAACCUCCUCGUCGCUUCCCGAGGUCAGCUCGCCCCCUCAUCCCUUGCUCGAGUACAACAUCCAAGUCAAGGAGGAGACGUUCAACCUCUUUCACCGAGAGAACACCCCCUCGCCGGCGAUGUUGCAGAAUAAUAACGUCAAGAAGGAGCUGGACGACUACAACCCCAAUCUGAUUCUGUUGGACCCACCCCCAGAAGGGGAUUCAGACGAGGAGACGAUAGCCACAUUCAUAACAGCAGCUGGUCAGCAGCUGGCACUAUAUGCAGUGGAGGAUUCCGACGAGAUCUUCGCAGUGGCUGUCUACGAUGAGUCCGGGGAGCCUCCGACUGACUUUCAGUUCCUCAUGAGGGAUGACGUGGAGAAAUUGAUUGGCGAGGGGGCCGUGAGAACGGUUAAAAAAACAUCUCAGUUUAAAAAGCAAAUUUACGAUAUGGAAACAGCCAGAUCACCACCCCCAGCUUCUCCUGAGCCACCAGAGGAAGCUCCCAUUCUACCGAAGGAGAUAAUCAGAGAGUUCACACUUCCCCAGAGAUAUGUGAAGAAUGAAACUUCAUUCUCCGACGAUGAAGACGACAAUCUUCUAGAGAGUGAUGAAAAAAGCAGUUUGACUUUCGAUGAAAACGUCUCGAAUCCUGAAUUAUACGAGAGUUGGCCAUCGGACAACGUUUACCUGGUGGUACAGGAAAAUUCAAUGAUUGAAGCUCAGAGAGAGCCUGAGAAUAGGCAGAGGACCUCAGUAAAAGAGAAGAUCAAGACCAAAGUGACGGAGGAAGUGCAAUAUAUUCUGUCGGACGACCCUCCACCAGACUCCUCAGACCUGACACUAGAUGACAUCGAGAAGAUUCUGAACAAGGAUCAGUUGAUUACAAGGAAGAGGAAUUGUUCAGGCAAAGAAUUGAAAUCAGAGAGUGGAAAUCCAGGGGAGGAUGAUCUGGACUUCGAGCCUGUCGACAAUCAGUUCGUCGAGGAGCAUGAGACCAGCCCCCAGGAUAGCACCUUCACGAAGUUGAACUCCUCAGAAGUUCUGAGGAUAAAACGUCCGAGGAAGCAACAGCUGACGACUGUGAAUCGAGCUGAUUCAGAGAUAAUAAUUCAACCGGCAAUAAUGACUGAAGUGGAUGAGGAGAACGUGUACGCAAAUGGCUGGAAGAUCCAGCCGAAGAAGAGGGGACGACGUAAAAAGAAGAAAGACACAAAGAUGAAGACGCCGUAUAUGAGGACCAGGAGGAAGACGAGUAAAGCGAAAAAAAAGAAAUACAGGAUUGAGGUGAUUGAUAUCGAUCUAGAGGACGUUAACAGGGAGAUCAUAACCCUGGAGGAUGGCAAAGAGAAAGGUUCCAGUGACAAGGAGAACGACGUUAUCAUGGUGGGAGACUCUGAGGACGAUGAGGAUAAAGAAGAGGACGUGGAGGUGGACGACAGUGAUGACAGUGAUUACGACGAUGGGGCUGAGAGGAGGGGGAGGAGAGGACUCAGAAGGCGAUUGCGGGAGAUACUAAAGUGCCGGAGGUGCAGGCGGGAGUUCAGGGGGAAGAGGGGACUGGAGAUGCACUUGAGGAUGUGUUCCAAGGGGGGAAAAGCUCAGGAGACUAUUUCGGAGAGGACUAGGAGUGGCACUAGACGUAGUGCUCCCAUCAGAUCUGCCAGGCUCAAGUCUCUGAAUGUGGGGAACAGGGAUAAGGACAGGGGAAAAAAGGAGUAUAAGUGCAAGAUCUGUCAUGAGAGGUUUGAUGUUGUGGUGGCUCUUGCCAGGCAUGUCAAGCUCAUGCACUCGUUGAGGAAGAAGAUCAAUACGUUCAGAAAGGAGGACAAGAAGACGGAAGAGAGGGAGGAGAGGAGCACAAGGAGAGAUUUGAGGAAACGGGAGGUCGAGACGAAGGUCGUCACGAAAAUGGGGGAGGGAUUCAGGAAGGCCAGGAGGGGGAGAAUUUGGAGUAACGCUGGGACCAAGAGAAUCAAUUGCUACCGGUGCAAAAGGUCCUUUCCCAGUCUUGCAGCCAUGCUCGCACAUUCUCUGCAACAUGCCACCAAGAAAAUUGUUUCAGAAAAAAUGAAAGUUCAAAGAUGUCGAAAGUGCAAAAAAGUCUUCAGAUCGAAAUAUCUAUACAUUCGCCACUUGCGCAGUCAUAGUAGUAUUCCAACGUUACGAAGGAGGAAAGCGAGUAUCACAAAGGAGUCAGCGAAUACAGCGAGUAAAAAACGAGGGAGACCCCAGAAGUCGUGAUUGAGAGAGAUGAAUAUACUGUAAAAUCAUAAGUUGAGAUGAUUCGUUAGAGAGAGACAUUAGAGCUAUCAAAAAGUUUACGCGAUGUAGGUAUGAUGUAUUUUUGGGAAAGACCAAGGAAUCAAAUGCAAUUUAUGGGUGAAUUUCUCUUAUAAUUAUUGCUCUGUUCAUCAGUUAUGUGACAACUUUUUUUCUUGGACCCACCGUCAGAAACAUUUUUGCCCCAGCACUGAGUAGGACGGUUCUGUGUACGAGGGGAUCUGGAUGUACAUUGAUCCAUGUAAAGUUGUAUCAUUGAGAGCGAAAUUUAUUCAAAAUUUUCGUUAGGAUGUAUUUGGUAAAAUACUUCUUGACGUCGCGAGAAUACACUGUUAAAAUUUUCAUGAGACUGACGAAUUUAUCUAUUUUAGUUAAUGAUGAUUUGUUCAUUUUCUUCGAUUAAAUAUAUUCAUUUCAAUAUUUUUCAGUUUGAGGAGGUCACUUAUUUUUUGUCUGAAGUGGAAUUAAGUUCCAUUAUCAGAUUAAUCUUUAAAUCGUUGAAUUCAAUUGAUGGAAAAUUUUAACAGUGUAGUUAUUCCGAUCAUCUGUAUAUUCUUUAGGCAUAUGUAUAUUUAUCAAUAAAAAAUAUGAUAUAGGAUAUUUUUCAAAUAAA